UAUUUUUGCAUGGACUCGACCCCAAAUAUCAACACAUUUAGUCUUGCUCCCAGCCGCGUGUGUGCACCCGCUACGCGAGACACGCAGGUCAUCUCCGUUCUUUUCGUAGAAUGAGCAGCUUGUUUAUUAUUAUUAUUAUUAUUAUUAUUAUUAUUAUUAUUAUUAUUACUACUACUACUACUACUACUACAUUAAAAGUUGAAACGAGUGACAGCCUAUAGAACAGCAGAGAUAAAUCAGCAAAAACGGCUUCAUUGUAUACUUUUAGAAGUGUUUUUAUUAGUUUCUCGACUCCCAUUGGUGUUUCCGGGAUGUGCAUCUGUUCAGAAGCGUCAUGAUUAAUGAACAGGACGCGGCGGAGACACAUGCGCACGCGCACUGCGUUACUACAUCUCUUCAAAUCAACUGCAAGGCGCAAAGACCUGAGGGGUAAUUCCACGAAACCCGCUAUGCAACAAGUGUUUGGUAACCUGAGGGACUUGCCGAAAUCCACCAAGGCCAGUGACCUCGACCUCAUCUUUCUCAGAGGCAUCAUGGAAAGCCCUGUUGUCUGCUCUCUCACCAAGGUUCACGAGCAUUUAGAGGAUAUGAAGUUGGAGGCAGUACAGGACAAUAAUCUUGAACUAGUGAGUGAGAUUCUAGGGGUAAUUCGUGGGCUGACCAUUAGAGAUGACAGUGCUACAGAGCUAUUGAGAAUUCUUCAGCAGCCUCACUUCCAGUCUCUCCUGGAGGCCCAUGAUAUGGUGGCAUCAAAAUGCCAUGAGGCUCCACCCCCUGUCGAUCCUGCCAUUGAAGCAGCAGUCAACAAUGCACUCCUGCAAGGUGAUGCUGUCAGGAUGAUCGGCAUCCACAAAAAAGCCGGAGAACCUCUGGGAGUCACAUUCCGGGUAGAGAAGGAUGACCUGGUGAUUGCUCGGAUUCUCUAUGGUGGGAUGAUUGACAGGCAGGGCCUGCUCCAUGUAGGUGAUAUCAUAAAGGAAGUGAAUGGACAAGAAGUGGGCAACAACCCCACGGAGCUACAGGAGAUACUGAAAGAGUGUAGUGGAGGAAUCACGCUUAAAAUCCUGCCAAGCUACAUAGAUUCGGCAGUACCACCACAGGUUUAUGUAAAGCCACAUUUCGACUACAAUCCAGCCAAUGACACUCUGAUUCCGUGCAGAGAGGCCGGGCUCGCCUUCAAGAGGGGUGAUAUUCUUCAGAUAGUCAACAGAGAGGACCUGAACUGGUGGCAGGCAUGUCAUCAUGUGGGAGGGGCUACAGGGUUAAUUCCCAGUCAGUUUCUGGAGGAGAAAAGGAAAGCUUUUGUCCCUAAGGACUUGGAUAGAACAGGAAUCUUAUGUGGAACAGUGAAUGGUAAAAUGAAGAAAAAAAAGAUGUACCUCACUUCGAGGAAUGCAGAAUUUGACAGUCACGAGCUGCAGAUCUAUGAGGAGGUAGCAUGCAUGCCACCAUUCCAGAGGAGAACUCUGGUUCUGAUUGGAGCACAGGGAGUGGGCCGCCGCAGUCUGAAAAACCGUCUGUUGGUGCUGCAUCCUGACCGCUAUGGAACCCCAGUACCAUUCACAUCUAGAAGGCCUCGAGAGGAUGAACACAAUGGUCAGACUUACCAGUUUGUGCCAAGGAUGGACAUGGAGAUGGACAUUAAAUUGGGAUGUUUCUUGGAGCACGGCGAGUAUGAUGGCAACCUGUAUGGCACCAAGAUAAGUUCUAUUCAUGAGGUGGUGAACACAGGACGCACCUGCAUCCUGGACAUCAACCCUCAGGCUCUGAAGGUGCUGCGAACAGCGGAGUUUAUGCCCUAUGUAGUGUUCAUAGCGGCUCCUGAGUUCGAAACCCUGAAAGCUAUGCACAAAGCUGUCUGCGAUGCAGGAUUCACAACCAAACAGCUCACAUGCCUAGGUCUCAGACAGUCAGGGAGCAACAUGGAAGUGUGUGAGAUGUCAGAGGAUGUGGAUCUAAAGAAGAGAGUGGAUGAGAGCGCUCGCAUUCAGCGGACUUAUAGACACUACUUUGACCUCACCAUUGUGAAUGACAACCUGGACACUGCAUUUGAAACACUAAAGGCAGCUUUGGACAAACUUUAUUCUGAACCACAGUGGGUCCCUGUAAACUGGGUUUACUAAAGGUGUGUCCCGUUAGAUUGAUUGAAGCAAUCAUGAACAUCAGAGAGCUGUCUAUGGGAUCAAAGCAACCCAUUUUGAAGCUGAGAAAAGAGGAAACAUAAAUCGGAGGCAUUGCCAACAUUGGGCAUAGCCAAUACAACAAUUUGGAAAUUUGGAACGUCCUGGCAAAGAAAGAAACCACUGGUGUACUGAGCAACAGACACUGAAUGGGUCAGCCAAGGAAAACAGCAGCUGAUGACAGAUGCAUUGUGAGAGCUCUGAAGGAAAACCCAAAAACAACAGUCAGUGACAUCACAAGCAGCCUUCACAGCAGAGGUGAAGGUAUCACAAUCCACCAUUUGAAGAUUUCAAGUGCAGGAAUAUAGAGGCCGUACCACAAGAUGAAAAAAAACAUUCAUGAACAGUAAGAAUCAGAACGCCAGAUUGGAAUUCGCAAAAAAAUACAGAAAUGAGCCACAAAAGGAUUUUAUCGGGGGGGGGUUGAAAGGUUUUAGACUGGCCAUGUAAAUCAACAGACCUUAACCCAACUGAGCAGUGUUUCACCUCCUUGAAGAAGAAACUGAAGGGAGAAACCCCCUGAAACAAACAACUGAAAGAGGCUACGUUAAAAGCCUGGAAAAGCAACACUCAAGAAGAAACCAGCAUUUUGGUGAUGUCACUGAGUCACAGGCUUGAUGCAGUUAUUGCAAGCAAGGGAUACACAACCAAAUAUUAAAUUUACUUGAAGACUGAUCUGUUCCUAUACUGUGGUUUGAUUCAAAAGGUUCUAUGUUUUAUGUUUAACACAUCUGGAUGUACAGUUGCAAUCAAAAUGAAUGAACCCCCAUCAGGUUCAUUGUAAAAAUGUACAGACUUUCAGCUGUUUGCAGUGAACAAAUCAAAUAAAAGCAAUUGAAAUAGUUCAACACAACAAGUGUGUCAAGUGGUUUCCCCAAAUUCAACUGGCAGGUUUCCAGUGUCCGAGGAUGCAAAGCAACCCCAGAGCAUCACCAAUCCACCACUAUGCUUGACUGUGGACAGAGCGUUCCUUUCUUCAUUCUUCUUCUUCUAGACAUAUCACUAAUCCAUCGUGCCGAAGAGUUCCAGUUUUGUUUCAUCGCUCCACAGAACAGAAUCCCAAAACGUCUGUGGCUUAUUUAUAUGAUUUUGAGCUGACUUUUUCUUGUGCUUUGGUUCAGUAGUGGUGUACAUCUUGGAGUUCUGGCAUGGAAACCUUCUGCGUUUAGUUUGUGCCUUACUGUUCUCACUGAAACCUCAGUGUCUGUUGCCACCAAGUCUUGGUGCAGGUCUUUUGCAGUCUCUUGAGGGUUUUUCCACAACCUGCCUUCUCAGAAAUCUGCUUGCAGCCGUUGGUAGCUUCCUUUUUCUGCCUCGUUCAGGUAUUUCAUGUGGUCCAGCUCAAGUACACUUGGUGCAACUAAGGAAGCCCUUGAUUAGUUGCAUCAGGUGUACUUGAGACAACACCCGUUUUUACAUAUUUGUGGUGUUGUGAGGGAUUCUAUCCAGCGGGUUGAAUUUUUUUUUUUUAAACUGGAGAAGUCAUUUAUAAGUUACAUUUUCAGUUGAAUUUGGGGAAACCACUUGAAGCAUUUGUUGUGUUGAACUAUUUCAAUUGCUUUUGUUUGAUUUGUUCAUUGCAAACAGCUGAAAGUCAAUUUUGACAAUAACCCUGAUAUGCAAUGGGGGUUGAAUAAUUUUGAUUGCAACUGGAAGUAAAAGCUGAAAUCCUAAACUCUCGUCUCAUAUCUAUCUUUUGAUCUCAGAUGUCUUUAGUGUAUAGCACAAUCAACAGCCUUACUGUUCCAAUAGUUUCAGAGGGGACUGUACAUACAUACAGGGACAUAAAAUCCUAUAAAUGUUUAGAAAACUAUAAAUAGUUGUGUAUGUUGUACUAUUUAAGUGCAUUGAAGUCAUGUAUAGCCAGAACGUUCAUGUAAGUGG